AUGGAGACAAACCCUAUACCCAUUUUGACCAUCCAAACUACACCCUUCGAUGACCAGAGACCAGGUACAAACGGGCUGCGAAAGAAGACUGCAGUGUUCGAGAGCAAUAACAACUAUCUUCAAAACUACAUCCAGAGUGUGCUGUCCUCCAUCGACCUGAGGGACCGACAGGGAUGCACUAUGGUGGUGGGCAGCGAUGGAAGAUACUUUAGCCGGGCAGCGACCGAAGUCAUCGUUCAGAUGGCAGCUGCCAACGGGAUAGGACGUCUGGUGAUUGGACACAACGGGAUCCUGUCCACCCCAGCAGUGUCCUGCAUCAUCAGGAAGAUUAAAGCUAUUGGUGGUAUCAUCCUCACUGCAAGCCACAGUCCGGGAGGACCAGGAGGAGAUUUUGGGAUCAAAUUUAAUGUCGCGAAUGGAGGACCAUCUCCAGACACAGUGAUAGAGAGAAUCCACCAGGUGAGCCGCACUUUAGAGGAAUAUGCUAUUUGUCCUGACCUGCACAUCGACCUUUCCCGACUCGGCCGUCAGGACUUUGAUUUAGAGAACAAGUUUAAACCCUUCAGAGUUGAGAUUGUGGAUUCAGUGGAGAUCUAUUUCAACCUGCUGAGGGGCAUUUUUGACUUCAGUGGCAUCAAGAGCUUGCUGACAGGCCCAAACCAGCUGAAGAUUCGAAUAGAUGCCAUGAAUGGAGUAAUGGGACCAUAUGUCAGAAGAAUCCUAUGUGAUGAGCUCGGAGCUCCAGCUAACUCUGCAGUGAACUGUGUCCCUCUGGAGGACUUUGGAGGCCAACACCCAAACCCAAACCCUGCUUUCGCUGGACCUCUGGUGGACUCCAUGAAGGGCGGAGAGUUCGGCUUUGGAGCUGCUUUUGAUGCAGAUGGGGAUCGUUACAUGAUCAUGGGUGAGAAUGGGUUUUUCGUGAGUCCGUCAGAUUCGCUUGCAGUGAUGGCUGCAAAUCUCUCCUGCAUCCCUUACUUCAGUCAAAGAGGAAUCCGAGGUUUUGCCCGCAGUAUGCCAACCAGCACAGCCAUUGACAGGGUUGCUAAGGCUAUGAAAGUGGCACUUUAUGAAACGCCCACAGGCUGGAGAUUUUUUGGCAACCUGCUGGAUUCGGGGAGGUGUUCGUUCUGUGGAGAGGAGAGCUUCGGAACAGGUUCAGACCAUAUUCGAGAUAAAGAUGGUCUGUGGUCAGUUCUGGUUUGGUUGUCCAUCAUGGCAGUGCGUAAGCAGGGAGUGGAAGAAAUUGUGAGAGAUCACUGGGCCAAAUUGGGACGCAAUUACUUCUGCAGGUUUGAUUAUGAAGGAGUGGACGGCAAGGCAGCGUUUUACCUCAUGAGAGAUUUGGAGGCCGUUAUCACUGAUAAAGCUUUCACCACUCAGAAGUUUUCAGUGGGCAAUACUGUCUACAGUGUGGAGAAGGCCGAUAAUUUUGAGUACAUAGACCCAGUGGACGGCAGUGUGUCACGGAAACAGGGCCUAAGGAUCAUCUUUACCGAUUCAUCCCGAAUCAUCUUUCGGCUCAGUGGUUCUGGGUCUGGAACAGGAGCAACCGUUCGCAUCUAUGCUGAAAGCUACGAGAGAGACCCUGAAAGACACAACAGAGAGACUCAGGUUGUGCUGGGUCCUCUCAUCGCCAUUGCUCUGAAAAUCUCCAACAUCCACGAACGAACUGGACGCAGAGGGCCUAAUAUCAUCACCUGA